ACUCAGCAUGUGAGCCCGCAGGGCCGAGCAGCUCCUCCGGGCGCGGGGGCCGGACCCGCCGCCGCCUCUUCCUCCUCCUCCUCCUCCUCCCGGCCGCCCUCCGGCCUGGGCCCGGGGCCAUGGAGCAGUUGGCGCUCUGGUCCCUGCUCCUGACGGCGCCUAGCUGGGCCGACUUGUGCCCACGUCGCUGCCACUGCCAGGCCCCGGCCCCGUCUCUGGCGGUUCUGUGCGCCCGCACCGGGCUUCUCUUCGUGCCCGCCCUGCUGGACGCCCGCACGGCCGAGCUGCGCCUGACGGACAACUUCAUCGCGGCCGUGCGGCGUCAGGACUUCGCCAACCUGACCCGUCUGCUGCACCUCACCCUGUCGCGCAAUACCAUCAGCCAGAUCCUGCCCUGGGCCUUCGCCGACCUGCGGGCCCUGCGGGCCCUGCACCUGGAUAGCAACAGGCUGCUGGCCCUGGACGGCGAGCAGCUCCGCGGCCUUCCCAACCUGCGCCACCUGAUCCUCAGCAACAACCAGAUCAGCUCCAUCGCCCCGGCCGCCCUGGACGACUUCGCCGAGACGCUGGAGGACCUGGACCUGUCCUACAACAACCUGGAAGGCCUGCCCUGGGCCGCCGUGGGCCGCCUGGCCAACGUCAACUCUCUCAGCCUGGACCACAACCUCAUCGCCCACGUGCCGCCCGGUGCCUUCGCCAACCUUCAAAAGCUGGCGCGGCUGGACAUGACGUCGAACCGGCUGAAGACCAUCCCGCCGGACCCGCUCUUCCUGCGCAUCCCCGUGUAUGCCCGGUCGCGGGGCUCCCCGCUCUCCUCCCUGGUGCUCGGCUUCGGGGGCAACCCCCUGCACUGCAACUGCGAGCUGCUCUGGCUGCGCCGCCUGACCCGCGAGGAUGACCUGGAGACCUGCGCCUCGCCGCCCGGCCUCCUGGGCCGCUACUUCUGGACGGUGCCCGAGGAGGAGUUCGUCUGCCAGCCGCCCGUCAUCACCAGGGCCUCGGCCCGCGCCACCGUGGCCGAGGGCCAGCCGGUGAGCCUGCGCUGCCGGGGCUCCGGGGACCCGGCCCCCAGCGUCCACUGGCUGGCCCCCGACGGGCGCGUGGUGGCCAACUCCAGCCGCCUGCGGGUCUCCGAGGCCGGGAGCCUGGACAUCGCCGUCACCCGUCCGCGGGACAGUGGUGUCUUCACCUGUGUGGCCUCCAACGCCGCUGGGGAUGCCACGGCCUCGGUGGAGCUGAGUGUGGGGCCCCGGCCACGGGAGGCCAAUGGCAGCAGGCCGCGCCCGGGGCCCUCGGACAUCCUCACGGCAGGCCGGGGCAACGGCACGGCCGUCGGUGCCCAGCCCCGGGUGGUGGCCGUGGCCCAGGUGACCACCUCCUCGGCCCUGGUACACUGGGAGCCGGGCGCCCCGGCCCCUGGGCUCCGCAUGUAUCAGAUCCAGUACAACAGCUCGGCCGACGACACCCUCAUCUACAGGAUGAUCCCGCCUUCCAGCCGCUCCUUCCUGGUGCUAGACCUGGCGUCCGGCCGGGCCUACGAGUUGUGCGUGCUGGCCGUGUACGACGACGGGGCGACUGCCCUGACAGCCACGCGGGCCCUAGGCUGCGUGGGCUUCUCCACCCUCCCGGAGCCCGGGCAGUGCCCGUCCCCGCACCCCCCGGCCCUGGGCGGGGGCACCCUCAUUGUUGUCCUCGGCGGGGCCAUCGCCGCCUCCGCCCUCGCCUUCAUCUUCAUUCUCAUCGCCCGCCACCGAGGAGGCUCCAAGACCCCCGGCCCUCCGGUCAGCCACGUCUGCUCCCAGACCAACGGGGGCUCGGCCGGGCCCGGGGGUCCCCCGCCCAGAAAGGACCAGGACCCCAAGGCCCUGGCGACUGAGCCCCACGAUGCGCCCUACUCCGGAGAACAGGCCCCCGCCAGCCCAGCCCGGCCAGGGGAGAGGAUGAAGCCAAGCGAAUGGACGGACGUGAUCAUCUGACGCCGCCGUGCGAACUCGGGACCAGGGGGCCGCAGGGGCCGUGUGGUCUGGUUUCAGGCCCAAUCUCUCAAUCCCCCCUCCCUCCCUUGAGCGGCCCUGGAGCCCCCUGUCCCUAGGAUCCCCUGCCCGGAACCCCUGGACAGCCAGAGCCCCUGGAAGGGAGGCGAGAGGCCAGGGAGGCCCGUUGCCAUGGAGACGAGGGGGGUCGGAGCGGCCAUCUUGGAUAUGUCCACUCAACGCUGGCGAGAGACAGACCCACGCAAGGCCACGUGGACCGUCCCCUUCCCCCUGACUCCGUCCUCCUCCCGUGACCCUGGAGGAUGGGGACCAGGUCCCUCUGGGAAUACAGGGUCAUGGGGGCUCUUUUCAACCCCCGUCCCCCGCCAUCAGGGACUUUUUAAAAAUAAAAUGGCUCGUGACGCUGGCUGCCACUCCCGAGGCCUGACCCCUGGAUGCCCCGCGUCCGGCGGUCCGUCCGGGGCCGUUCCGUGAGGAAGAAGGGAAUGGUCCGGUGACCCCCGAGAGCCUGGAGGGGAAGGAUCUGGG